AAAGAGUCUAGUGCAAGAGCAGAGGCGCGCGAGCCACAGCCAGAGUCAGAGAGUCCACGAGCGCUGCGAUCAUUUGCUCCUGUCCGGCGGAUUUCCGAGCACGGCUGGGGGGGCAGGGCAUGCAGGACAGGAGCGCGUGUCAGUGAAACGGAGCUUCUUCCAGAAAGAUGAGCGCGGACUCGCGGCGGCUCCGCGCGGUGCUGCUCUGCCUCGCGCUGUGCGCUGCUGGAACCGACUCCAAGGCCUGCAGCGGAUGUUCCACGUCCAGAUGUGACUGCAGUGGAGUCAAAGGAGCAAAGGGGGAGAGGGGGCUGCCAGGCCUCACUGGACAACCAGGGGUGCCAGGGUUCCCCGGACCCGAAGGACCGAUUGGACCAAGAGGAGAAACGGGUUCUGAUGGUCUUCCAGGUCUUCCAGGUCUAAAAGGCAUUCGUGGACCUCCGGGAUUGCCGGGAUUCCCAGGAACCCCCGGAGUAGCAGGAAUCCCAGGACAUGAUGGUCCCCCUGGUCCCAGAGGUAUCCCAGGAUGCAAUGGGACAAAGGGUGAUCGAGGUUUCCCAGGAAGCCCAGGAAUUCCAGGAUUUGAAGGACGGCCGGGUCCUCCAGGACUAUCUGGACAAAAGGGUGAACCCGGUGACGUGAUUCCUGAUCCUGUUUUUGGAAAUAAAGGAGCAGUGGGAUUACCGGGAUCACCUGGACUUCCGGGAACUCCAGGCCCUCCUGGCUUCCAGGGUCCAAUUGGCCCCCCAGGACCGAGAGGUUAUCAGGGUCAACCCGGUCCACCUGGUCCUCCUGGCCCAAAGGGUAACAUGGCUCUGAAGUUUGAAGGAGCAAAAGGACAGAAGGGGGAUAUGGGUCUACCGGGACCUCCAGGUCCUCCUGGAAAACAGGAGGAGCAAAGUGGACCACCAGUGGAUGUGAUUCAGAGAGGAGAUAAGGGUGACCCCGGAUAUCCUGGGCUUCGGGGUGAUCCGGGCCCCCCGGGACCUCCCGGUCCAUCCGGUGGAAGGAAAGGAGAGAAAGGAGAACCCGGAGAACCAGGCAAACGAGGAAAACCGGGAAAAGACGGCGAUCCAGGUCCACAGGGAAACCCUGGAUUCAAAGGGGAACCAGGCCUGCCAGGUCUGCCAGGCCGGGAUGGAUCAGCUGGUCAAAAGGGGGACCGUGGAUUCCCAGGUCCUCCAGGAGAGGUUAUUCCUGACACGGAACCAGGUCGGGUUGGGCCAAAGGGUGAGCCAGGUAUACCGGGAUCACCAGGACUCAAAGGCGAAAGAGGACCACAAGGUUUCACCGGACCUCCAGGAGAACCGGGGCGCCCAGCUACAGGAGGCAGAGGUGUGCCUGGAACUCCGGGGUAUCCAGGAGAGAAGGGUCAAAAAGGAAGACCUGGGGAUCCAGGGAUCUCUUUGCCGGGCCCACCAGGACGUCAAGGAGGUCCUGGGCUUCCUGGUCCACCAGGGCCACCUGGACCUCAAGGUUUUUCCACACCUGGACAGAGCUGCAUUCCUGGGCCACCUGGGCUUCCUGGAACCUUAGGAGACAGGGGUUUCCAAGGGGAGCAGGGUCAGAAAGGUGAGAAGGGGGAGACCUGUGUGAACUGCUUUGGGGUCACCAACGGCAUCCCUGGGCCCCCGGGACCUCCCGGACAGCCUGGAUUUCCUGGAUCGCCUGGCCCUCAAGGAUUCAAGGGGGAUAGAGGAUUCCCAGGCCCAGCUGGUCCCGUCGGACCUCCUGGAAAUCCUGGUCCUCAGGGGCCUCAAGGUUUCCGUGGGGACAAGGGAGAUCCAGGGGAAGUUGUCGCCGUUUCAGGUCUGAAGGGAGAGAAAGGGGACACCGGCUUUCCUGGGUUGCCCGGUCCAUCUGGUUUGGACGGUCGACCCGGUCAGGAUGGACAACCUGGACCUCCUGGGCCCAAAGGAGUCCCUGGUUCUUCACGGACGAAAGGAGAGCCAGGGCCACCUGGUGAACCAGGUAUACCUGGCAUCCCUGGAGACAGAGGUCCUCCUGGUUCCCCUGGUUAUGGACCUCCAGGACCACAAGGAGAGAAAGGUGUACAGGGUGUGUCUGGAAGAACAGGACCAUCUGGACCUCCAGGUCCUAAAGGUGAACCGGGUCUAGCAGUGGCCGAGAAAGGUUUACCAGGACCCAGAGGACAGGAUGGUGACCCAGGACGUCCAGGUCCAUCAGGUUCCCCAGGUCAGCCUGGACAGCCAGGUUUCCCUGGUUUACCAGGUGUGAAGGGUGAUCCUGGAGUCCCAGGAAGUGGACUGCCUGGUCUUCCUGGACCUAAAGGAUUCCCAGGUAUUGCAGGUCAGCCAGGUGCACCUGCUGAACCAGGGAGACCUGGAGUAGAUGGAUUUCCUGGCCAGCCAGGGCUCCCUGGACCCAAGGGGGAGCCUGGUUUUGGACUUCCUGGGCCUCCAGGUCAACCAGGAUUACAAGGACAAAAGGGUUUUCCUGGACCAAAGGGAGAUCCUGGUUUUCCUGGAAGUCCUGGCCAGCCAGGACGUUCUGGAUUCGAUGGAACUCCAGGUCCCAAAGGUGAGCCUGGAACACCCGGUAAUCCUGGACCUCGGGGACCACCUGGAUCCCCAUCUUCUGGUCUCCCUGGGCCCAUAGGUCCUCCUGGAUUUCCUGGUUCACCAGGAUCACCUGGGUUUCCUGGAUCGAAGGGAGCAAAAGGAGACCCCGGUAUUCCAGGUAGAGACAUGCCAGGUCAACCAGGAGAAAGAGGAAGUCCUGGUUUCCCAGGUAGCCAAGGACCAGUCGGAUCUCCAGGACCACCUGGAGGUCCUGGACGCGAUGGCUUUCCUGGAUCUCCCGGUCAGAAAGGUGACUUGGGUCCCAUGGGUCCUCCUGGACCUCCUGGAGGACCAGGGGGUCCAGGAAUUCCUGGUGCUCCAGGAUUUAAAGGUGAUCCAGGCUUUCCAGGAAGAGAUGGUCCACAAGGCCCCAUUGGUCCAAAAGGAGACAGGGGAGAUCCUGGUAUUCCAGGCCCUCCAGGAAUCGCCAGGCCACCGGAGAACAUUAAAGGAAUUAAAGGAGAUCCUGGACCACCAGGCCUUGCAGGUUUUCCAGGGCAGAAAGGCAUCGCUGGACUUCCCGGUGACCCUGGUCUUCCCGGAACAGAUGGACGCCCUGGAACACCGGGACCACAAGGACCUAAGGGAGAUUCUGGUUUUCCUGGAAGUCCAGGUAGUCCUGGAUUUCCAGGUCCAAAGGGCAACAUGGGCGAUAUGGGAAUUCCAGGGCCUUCAGGCCUGAAAGGUCUGCCAGGUAUUUCAGGAAGGCCAGGAUUACCAGGUCAACCAGGAGCGCCCGGUUUCCCAGGAAGCAAAGGUGAACCCGGCUCUGCUGGCGUUGGACCUGCAGGAAUGAAGGGGCAGAAGGGUGAUCCAGGCCAGCCAGGAUUCCCAGGAAAUCCAGGAUCAAAAGGAAGUUCAGGAUUACCUGGACUUCCGGGAGGACCAGGAGGACCAGGUGCUAAGGGGGAGCCAGGUCUGCCAGGAUUCAUAGGAUCUCCAGGACCCACAGGCCCUAAGGGUCUAGAUGGGGAACCUGGUAUUCCAGGUCCCCUAGGUAGUCCAGGUAGACCGGGAGAGCCAGGUUUGACUGGGCCACCAGGGCUCCGUGGAGAGAAAGGUCAAGCAGGUCGGGAUGGAAUUCCAGGACCCCCUGGAAUCAAAGGAGAGCCAGGACUUCCAGGUUUUGGUGGUCCUGGUCCUUCUGGGCUCCCAGGUAUCCCGGGCAUGAAGGGAGACCUAGGUCCUCCUGGUCCACCUGGUAUUCCAGGUUUUCCUGGUCCAAAAGGAGAUCCUGGCUUUAAUGGUGCCCCAGGUGUUCCUGGUAACCCAGGUAAUCCUGGGUCCCCGGGACGUUCUAUGCAAGGCCCUAAAGGUCUCCAGGGACUACCCGGACUACCUGGCAGAGAAGGCGUCCCAGGUCUACCUGGACCCGAAGGUCCCCGUGGGCUCCCAGGAGGUGGUGGUGUCAAAGGUGAAAAGGGCUUUCCUGGUUCUCCUGGCCAGCCAGGCUUCCCUGGACAGAAGGGUGAUCCUGGUACUCCAGGAUUUCCGGGCUCCCCUGGAAGUAGUGGUCUUCCUGGUUUGAAAGGAGACUCUGGAGUGCCUGGUGUUCCAGGUUUUCCUGGACCAAAAGGCGACCAGGGUCCACAGGGUCCCAGUGGCUUUCCUGGAGAUCCUGGGAAUCUGGGACCACCCGGUCCACCUGGUGAUCCGGCUGUACAACCCCCUCCUGGCUUUGUGAAGGGAGUGCGAGGGCCCCCUGGUCCCCCCGGCAGUCCUGGUCCUAAAGGCCAGACUGGGACUCCAGGUCAAAAUGGAGAGCCAGGUCCCCCAGGUGAUCCAGGUGAUCCCGGUCUGGACGGUCCUCCCGGUUUCAACGGCCCACCUGGCCUGAAGGGAGACCUUGGACCUCCCGGGCAGCCUGGCCUGCCGGGCAGACCUGGUCCUCAAGGUGCAGAUGGCCCACAGGGUCCCAGCGGUCCUCCAGGCUCAGCGUCGGCCCAUGGCUUCCUCAUCACUCGACACAGCCAGGCUCAAGAGGUGCCCUACUGCCCUGACGGCACCAACCUGAUCUAUGACGGCUACUCACUGCUGUACGUUCAGGGCAACGAGCGCGCUCACGGGCAGGACCUCGGCACAGCCGGCAGCUGCCUGCGCAGGUUCAGCACCAUGCCCUUCAUGUUCUGCAACAUCAACAACGUCUGCAACUUUGCUUCCCGCAACGACUACUCCUACUGGCUGUCCACCCCCAACGAAAUGCCCAUGUCCCCCGUCACAGGAGAAACCAUCAAGCCUCACAUUAGCAGGUGUUCAGUGUGUGAAGCUCCGGCUAUGGUGAUCGCCAUCCACAGCCAGACCAUCCAGAUCCCUGAGUGUCCUCAGAGCUGGCAGACGCUGUGGAUAGGAUAUUCCUUCAUGAUGCACACCAGUGCAGGUGCAGAGGGCUCCGGUCAGGCUCUGGCCUCCCCUGGCUCCUGCCUGGAGAGUUUCCGGAGCUCCCCCUUCAUAGAGUGCCACGGAAGAGGAACGUGCAACUACUACGGGAACUCCUACAGUUUCUGGCUGGCCACCGUGGACUUUUCAGAGAUGUUCAGAAAGCCCGAGCCGGAGACGCUGAAGGCGGGGAACCUGCGUUCGCGCAUCAGCCGGUGUGCAGUCUGCAUGAAGAGGACGUCGUAAGCGGACAGUUCGCUCCGCCCUGAGCAAAGACAGUCGGAUGGUAUGAUGGAGGACACGACGGGGGCACAUCCACCGCCCCCCCCCACCUGCUGACAUGAUGCUGAGGUGGAAUUCCAAAAAUGGCUCGUCUUCCAGAACAACAAUGGUGCUACUGUGCAACACAGCUUCAAUUGAUCCUGAAGACUGAGUGAACAGACCUUCUUACAGAUAACCUCGGUCUCUAACAAGUACCUCAGAAUGAAAAGAACCCCCCCCCCCCAACAUGGUGCCAUGAUGGACGUUUGACCACAAAUCCCUCUUUUUGUUUUGUCUUUGAUGAGGAGCAAACGAUCUCCACGGUUACUAAACCGCACUUUGACUUCCCAACAUCAGGAUGACAGACGCACUGACGAGACCGCUUGCUGCUUCCUCAUCCCUGUGCUCUUCUUUCUUUUUUUAUGUUAGUGUUAUUGAUGCCCCCCCCCCGCCCAUCUCCCCACCUGUUAACAUACGCUCAUCUGUGAGAAGAUCUCGUGUACAGGAUGUAAAACUCCUCGCCUUAGCUCAGAGGUAGACAAAGCUCUUUGCUGUGACAAUUGUAUUUAGCUCACACACACAUGCACGCACACACAAGCACAUUCUCUGUCAGACAUGGACUCAUUAUUGUACAGAGCUUUCAUGAAUGAAACAGUAUUUUAUAUAUAAAACUAUAGAUAUGAAAAAAAGGCAAAAAUAUUAAGUGUAUUUGGCGUGGUGGGGGGGGUUGUGUAUUUCAUUAUAGUUGACCACACAGAGCCAUCAAAUCAACUGCAGUCACUUAUAAUUCGUUCUUUUUGAAGAGAACAGAUGCUGAACCUCAUGUGGCGGGCGGGGGGCGGGGGGUGGGGGCACAAAAGCGUGCAUGGAGUGAAAUCUGGAGCUUAGUGUUCAGGUUUGCUCAGGUGAACUAACAGAGGCACUCUGUACUGCUUGAGGGGGGAGAUAUGUUUUUUAUUUCUUAGCAAAAAUGCUCUUAUGCUAUCUAAUACUGUCUGACUGGGAGGGGGGGGUCUAAAACUGUUUUGUUUCUGCUUUGUUUUCAUGUUACUCCGAAGUUGUUAUAAACUUUUCAGACUGAAAUAAAUAUCAUGUCCAUCAUGUCUAUUGUGA